CACAGACACACACACAACCGUACAUAGACGCAUACAUACACACAUAAUUUAAAUAUACACACGCACACAUAAACACACACACAAGACCAGGUCGAGGGGCGGUGCUACAAGUUGAUGCUACUUGGCCGCAGGCAUCAUUGCCAUCAUCCCUUUGGUAUGUAAAGGGAGUGAUGUGUAAAGGGUGUGGGGGUCUUGGUCGCACAUUUCUGUACUGACUUUUGGCCUGAACUGACGUGGACUAUCAGUUGUGCAGCACAACCUACAUUGAACAUGGCAGCAGGGGGCGAGGAGCAAAAAACGAUUCAGUUUGACAGUACUGCAGUAUCACAGAUAAAUAACCAGUACGGAACAUACAAAGGGACCCUUAUUCAACACUUGAAGGAUAAUGGAGAACCCGGGAAAAAGGUGUACCGGACUCCAAACGUGACGCCCAGGAACAAGGACGAAACGAUCGUACAAAUGUACUCCUACAAAAGCAUACCACCUACAGACGGCACCUAUGUUGUACUACAGUUUAAAGAGUCUGAGAUGUACGCAGCCUCUAAGGAAGGGAGACCAGACGUACUUGUUCUGGAGGAACCAGGGGAGUUUGAUACGGAAGAUGCCGAAGCUAUAACGACAACUGCCGACAGGCGACUGUUCCUGAUGAAACCGGUCCUUGGUGCCGUGCCAGCUGCAGAUUUUGCGGUGACAGAUUUCGUGUUCGCCUCAUGUAUAGCCUCGCAGCAAAACCCAGGCGACAAAAACAAAGCCCGCGUCAUCACAUUGCUAAAGAGCCAGAGGUUCCCCGCUAGACUCAAGCGCGAAGGAAGGGCACCAUUGGAAUCACAGUAUUUUCAACCAGUUCCGCUAGAGGGCGUUUCCAAGCUGUCUGACAAACAUCCAGUCCAGGAGCAGGAAGUCCAGCUUGGAGACCGAAUGUCGUCACUCUCUUGAGAUAAAGACAAGUUUUCGUGCAAAUACGACAUGAGGCCAUGUUGGUUAAAUUACAUGGGUGAUAUCCUGGAAACCACAAACUGGUGCGAGCGGGCAGAUAAAAAAUGUUUGGUGAAAAAGUUGCCUUCAUUAUGAAAUCUAAAGAUGGUAUCUCACUGCAAUUGCGUCACGCUUGCGUCACUGCGGGGUUAGAUUGAAUAUUGUUAGAAAGAUACUAAACGAAUUGAAGAGCUAAAGAAUGAAUUUUAUUACGUUCUGUGUAUUUUGUCGUCUUCUAAGUCAUAGUUUUACAUAUUACUCAAUAUCUAAAUUAUAAAAAAUCGGAGAAAAUAACAAAACAGUGACGCAGUUUAAGAACCCCGCAAUGACGCAAGCUUGACGCAAGUGCAGUGAGGCUGAACAAAUGAGUAAUCAUAUACUUUAUUAGUUUAUUGUUUAUUGAACAAUAGAUUCUCUUUUGCUGUUUCUUUACAUCUUCUUCUCCUUUGACUAUGGGAUUGACUUUGACAUUCUACAACUUUUCUCCCUUUUUUCGAUAUUUUGUUUGCAAUUUGCUAUGUAAUUCUUUCUCAUUUUUCAGCCGUGUUUUAAGAAAACAUUUUUAGAUAAACGCCUGAAAAUUGAUGCAUCCAUAAAAUCAAAACAACAUGGCCAACUCGGUGGUAAAACGCUUCAAUUCUGUGCAAAACGUUCUGAAAAUAAGCCAAAAAUGCUUGUUUUGUUUUGGUAUCAUGAUUAAAAAAAAGCAAUGAUUGUUUUCGCUAUGCUGAACUCGCUGUUAUAUUCUACACGAAACGAACCUUGUUUAUUUCAUCAACAGUUCAUCUUUGGUAUCCGAGCGUCCUUUAAUAUAAAGUGACGAUUGAGUGAAAAUAUGACUUCAUUAAAUCAAGAACAUUUCUUGAAUCCUAUCCAAAGAUGACUAACUUAGAAACAGAAUGUUAGCAACAAAAUAAGCUGCUAGUUUUACGAUGCUUGUUUUUAUAUCAUAACCAAAUACAUACUGUGUCAGGACACAGAAUAGAGUAAUAGCCGGACAUAUUAAUGUUAACUAGGAAAUACUAUUUCUGAAGGAUUUGCAUCAAGAUCUCCUAGAAGUUUAGAAGCACACUUUAAGAAGGUUCCUUAUAUGAUAUACAGGGAGUGGUGAUUGGUUAGCAUUGAAAAUUUCGUAUUGACAGCUUGUUUCUAAAAGAUAAUUAUCAUAAUGAUAAUUCA